AUGUCAGCAGUCGCUACGCCCAUAUCGCCGGCGCGCUUCGCCGAGGCGCUGCGGGACCUGUCGCUCUCGUCGCUGCACCUCAAGGUGCUGGAGCUGCGCAUGAGCAUCGCGCAGCUGGACUACUCGAACGAGCAGCUGCGGCCGUACGCGCUGGGGGAAGCCGCGCCGAUUUCCACCACAGACUCUUCUACGGAUCAGCAGCAGCAGCAGCAACCAGACCCAGACUGUGUGGAGGCGAUCCGCGAGAACGAGGAGGUGAUUGUGCGGAUGCAGGGGCGCAUCGGCCUGGUGCGGGCCGAGGUCGAGCGGCGUGGCAUCAGCUGGACCGAGUUCCAGAGCAAGGAGGAGGCCGACGCAGACGCGGCGAGAGCAUCAGUAGUCAACGGGGUCAACGGAUCAGGACAUCACGACAACGACGCAUCUGCAUCUGCAUCGGUAGUGGUAGACGAGGCCGUCCCCGAGCAGCACGCAGCCUGGCGCGACGGGACGUUCCAGACGGGCGUGAUUCGCGGGGGGCAGGUGGUGUCUGGCGCGGGCAACUCCGUCUCCGGUUCUAUCUCCGUCUCCGGUUCUAUCUCCGUCUCCGGUUCCAGUUCCGGCUCCAGACCCGGUCACAGUGGUGGGUCUCUGUCGGACGAGGAGCUGCGGCGGAGAAUCGAAGCCCAGCUACGCCUAUCAACAAAUGGCGUGAAUGGAAACGACCACCAGGACGAUGGGGAAGACGGAGGCUUGCACCUGUGA